AUGUUCAGCUCUCCAACGACUCUCUUAUACGGCACCGCACCGGAAUCAUGUGCCUCUGCCCCGCUACAACUCUCAACAGGCUCCGCAGGCAACCAAGACACCAACGCAAGCCACACCGUUCAUGUCAGUCAAGCAGAGCAGCGGAGAAAGGACUGGAGUAUUGUCAAAAAGCUUGCCGAGAACAUCUGGCCUAAGAACGACUGGUCGACUCGCGGGCGAGUAAUCUUGGGCCUCGGGCUAUUGAUCACAGGCAAGCUGCUGAACGUGCAAGUCCCGCUGCUAUUCAAGCAGAUCAUUGAUACCUUGAAUGUCGACAUCACGGCUGGCUCGACAGUAUGGAUUGUUGCAGGCUCACUGAUUGCGGGUUACGGAUUGGCUCGUGUUGGUGCAACACUUUCCGGCGAACUGCUCAAUGCUGUUUUCGCCAAGGUCGGCCAGAGCGCGGUUCGGAAGGUCGCCCGGCAAACGUUUGAACAUCUGCUAAACUUGGAUUUGCGAUUCCACCUCUCGAGACAAACAGGUGGCUUGACGAGGGCGAUAGAUCGUGGUACGAAAGGUAUUACAUUCAUCCUCUCUGCGAUCAUAUUCCGCAUCGUGCCGACGGCACUGGAGAUUUCUCUGGUUUGCGGCAUUCUGUCUUAUAAAUUCGGGUGGGACUUUGCCGCGAUCACACUUGUCACAAUGGCCGCGUAUACUUGGUUUACAGUGCGCACAACAUCAUGGCGAACGCGCUUCCGGCGGGAAGCAAACUCUGCAGACAAUAAGGCUGCAACGGUCGCUGUCGAUUCGCUCAUAAAUUAUGAGGCUGUCAAGCACUUCAACAACGAGAAGCACGAGAUUGCUCUAUAUGACAAGCAUCUCUCAGCUUAUGAGAAGGCGUCGGUCAAGAUCUCUACGUCGCUGGCUUAUCUCAAUUCCGGGCAGAACGUGAUUUUCUCGACCGCGCUCACGGCGAUGAUGUUCUUGGCUGCUCAAGGCGUAAUCAAUGGGACUAUGACCGUCGGCGACUUGGUUAUGGCCAAUCAACUAGUUUUCCAGCUUUCACUACCACUCAACUUUCUCGGCACAAUCUACCGAGAAAUGCGUCAGAGCUUGCUGGACAUGGAGACCCUAUUCAAUCUGGUGACAGAUAAUCAACCGCCAAAGGAUCACUCUAACGCACAGCCACUCCAGCUCCGUGGCGGAUCCAUCCAGUUUGAGAACGUUAGUUUCGCAUACCAUCCCGACCGCUCCAUCUUCCGCAACCUUUCGUUCACGAUUCCCGCGGGCAAGAAGAUCGCACUCGUCGGUCCGUCCGGGUGCGGCAAGUCGACCGUGUUCCGACUACUAUUCCGCUUCUACGAGCCGACCGGGGGGCGAAUUCUGAUCGAUGGGCAGGACGUAUCACAGGUGACGUUGGCGUCGCUGCGAGGCGCGAUCGGCGUCGUGCCCCAGGAUACGCCCCUCUUCCACUCGGAUGUGCUGCAGAAUGUGCGUUACGGGCGGCUCGAUGCGAGCGACGAGGACGUCUUCGAGGCCACGCAGAAGGCGCACGUGCAUGAAGCGAUCAUGCGCUUACCGGAGGGUUACAAGACGAAAGUGGGCGAACGCGGGCUGAUGAUCUCGGGCGGGGAGAAGCAGCGGCUGGCGGUCGCACGCGUGCUGUUGAAAGACCCGCCCAUACUAUUCUUCGACGAGGCUACCUCUGCGCUCGAUGCGCACUCCGAGGCAGAACUUAUGCGAAACGUCAACACUUUGCUCACAGAGAAGAGCCGCACUAGCAUCUUCAUCGCACACCGUCUGCGGACUGUAGUAGAAGCAGAUCUCAUCAUCGUGCUUAAGGAUGGUGAAGUCGUAGAACAAGGCUCGCAUGAAGAGCUCAUUCGGAAGGGCGGCCUGUAUCACAGCAUGUGGCUGGAGCAGGCAUACCAAGAGCAGAGCGUUGCCGAGCCGCAAGACACAAUUGCCUGAAAUCACCGGUGCAUGAUCUCAGUCUACAGUUCGUAUGUACAUUGCAUUCGUGAUAGUCCUCCAAGCACAAUUCGAGUCAAUGAUCCGGGGAAUAAUUAGUUCGCGUGUAGCCUAGGUCUUCUUCCUCACUCAAUUCUUCCUCUCAGCC